UUUAAUUUUUACAGAGUUUCUCGCAGACCAACACUUCGCUUCGAUCUCGCAGCACUUGACUCUCUCUACUUAGGGAUAGGGUUAGGGUUGGGGUUUCGGCAUUAUCAUGUGAAAUCCUGGCUACGGCUAGUAAGGGCUUUUUCGAGAUCCCGGACGAGAUCGAGAGCUUCGAAGUAUGGGAAAUUGUUGCAGAUCUCCGGCUGCCGUGGCCAGGGAGGACGUGAAAUCGAGCUUCUCUGGACACGAUCACCCCAGGCGAGACUCGAACGCCGGGAAGAAGCCUCCGAUCACGGUCUUAACCGGUGUGUCCAAGGAGAACAUCGAGGAGAAGUACUUAGUCGACCGUGAGCUUGGCCGUGGGGAGUUUGGGGUCACGUAUCUGUGUAUCGACCGGGAGAGUAGGGAACUAUUAGCCUGCAAGAGUAUUUCGAAGCGGAAGCUGAGGACCGCUGUGGACAUUGACGACGUGCGGCGCGAGGUGGCGAUUAUGAAGCACUUACCGAAGAAUUCGAGCAUCGUGAGCUUGAAGGAGGCGUGCGAGGAUGACAAUGCGGUGCAUUUGGUGAUGGAACUGUGCGAGGGGGGUGAGCUGUUUGAUCGGAUUGUGGCGCGUGGCCAUUAUAACGAGCGGGCGGCCGCGGCGGUCACGAGGACCAUUAUGGAGGUUGUGCAGCUUUGCCAUAAGCACGGGGUGAUUCAUAGGGACUUGAAGCCCGAGAACUUUUUGUUCGCCAACAAGAAGGAGAAUUCGCCAUUGAAGGCCAUCGAUUUUGGGCUGUCUAUAUUCUUCAAGCCCGGUGAGAGGUUCUCAGAAAUUGUUGGAAGUCCGUAUUACAUGGCUCCCGAGGUGCUCAAGCGGAACUAUGGGCCGGAGAUAGAUAUAUGGAGUGCAGGAGUUAUUCUCUAUAUUUUACUUUGUGGGGUUCCCCCGUUCUGGGCAGAGUCUGAACAAGGUGUUGCACAGGCCAUUCUUCGUGGGCUAAUAGAUUUCAAACGGGAUCCUUGGCCUAAUAUUUCCGAGAGUGCUAAGAUUCUGGUAAAGCAAAUGUUGGAGCCAGACCCUAAGCUUCGACUUACUGCAAAGCAAGUGCUUGAGCAUACUUGGCUCCAAAAUGCUAAAAAGGCUCCAAAUGUUCCACUUGGAGAUGUUGUCAAGUCAAGGCUUAAGCAGUUUUCAAUGAUGAACAGAUUUAAAAGAAAGGCCUUGAGGGUUAUUGCUGAUUUCUUUUCCAUUGAAGAAGUUGAAGACUUCAAAGAGAUGUUUAAGAAGAUGGACACUGAUAAUGAUGGUAUUAUUUCAAUUGAAGAUCUGAAAGCUGGACAUAGAAAUUUUGGAUCCCAGCUUGCAGAGUCCGAAGUCCAGAUGCUCAUUGAAGCUGUAGAUAAUAAUGGGAAAGGAACACUCGACUAUGGAGAAUUUCUUGCUGUUUCCCUCCAUCUGCAACGGAUGGCUAACGACGAGCAUCUUCGCAAGGCCUUCUCAUACUUCGACAAGGAUGGCAAUGGGUACAUUGAACCAGAUGAACUUCGGGAUGCAUUAAUGGAAGAUGGAACAGAUGAUUGUACAGAUGUAGCAAAUGACAUCUUCCAUGAAGUGGAUACAGACAAGGAUGGGCGCAUCAGCUAUGAUGAAUUUGCAGCUAUGAUGAAGACCGGAACAGAUUGGAGAAAGGCUUCUCGACAUUACUCUAGGGGGAGAUUUAACAGUCUAAGCAUUAAGCUGAUGAAGGAUGGUUCAUUAAACUUGGGGAGUGAGUAGUAUAUACAUAUGUGCAAGUUGUUCAGUUUAUCCACUCAAAAAAAUACUGUUAUCGCCUGCCCUACAUCCGGUGCUUGCCGUCUUUUGUGAUUAUUUGUUUGGGUCCCUUAACCAAAUAGAGCACCUUUUACUUGGUGCCUUAUAAGUUUCAAGCAGGGUUGGGUGCAUCUAAUUUGUCCUUGGGAAUGUUAAUUGUGUAAACACGGUGCCUAGAAGCCAUGGUUUUCGCAUGUAUGAGUCUGUUCUUUCGUUUCUUUACCACUCCAACCUUAAAUAUCUGCUUACUUUUGUGGAA